GAAGAUGGCGGGUGUUGUACCUCGGUGUGCGUUACCUCAGAGCAGGCGGGAGCCGCGCCGCGCGGCGGCGCCCUGAAGGAGGAUGAGCAGCGGGCGGCAGUGCACUUUACCUCAGGCGUGGUGGGCUGGGGGCGGGAAGGCGCCGGAGAAGAACAGCAAGAAGGAAGAGGAGGAAGUAGCAGACGAUGACCUGCUGUUGGCGGCGGCAGCGGAGGCGGACCCGAGCCCCGUGGCGGGUUUCUGCGCGGCCGCGGGGUCCAUUUGGAUCUACCCCACCAACUACCCGGAGCGCGGCUACCAGGUGCGCAUGGCCCGCGCCGCCUUGCUGGGGAACACGCUGGUCUGUCUGCCCACCGGGCUGGGUAAGACCUUCGUGGCCGCCGUCGUCAUGUACAACUUCUACCGCUGGUUCCCCUCCGGCAAGGUGCUGUUCCUCGCGCCCACCAAGCCGUUGGUGGCUCAGCAGAUGGAGGCCUGCGCCCGCGUUAUGGGUAUCCCGGCCCGGCACAUGGCCGAAAUGACAGGAGGAACCCAGGCUCUCAGUCGGAGGGACCUUUGGAGUGCCAAGAGAGUCUUUUUCCUUACGCCUCAAAUAAUGGUGAAUGAUCUUUCUCGUGGGACAUGUCCUGCUAUAGAGAUUAAAUGCUUGGUUAUUGAUGAAGCCCACAAAGCCCUCGGAAAUCAUGCCUACUGUCAGGUUGUAAGGGAACUAAGCAAAUACACAAAUCAGUUUCGGAUCUUGGCCCUAAGCGCCACACCAGGCAGUGACACAAAGGCCGUGCAGCAAGUUAUUUCCAACUUACUCAUUGCUCAGAUAGAGCUUUGUGCUGAAGAUUCUCCAGAGAUUCAGCCUUAUUCUCAUGAGCGGCAAGUUGAGAAAAUUGUUGUUCCGCUUGGUGAAGAAUUGGUAGGAAUUCAGAAUGCUUACAUCCGGGUGCUUGAAACAUUUGCUGGACGCCUCAUUAAAAUAGGAGUUUUAGCAAGGCGGGAUAUUCCCAGCCUUACAAAGUACCAGAUAAUUCUAGCAAGAGAUCAAUACAGAAAAAACCCGUCUUCACAAAGUGCGGGAGUACAUCAAGGCAUAAUUGAAGGAGACUUUGCACUUUGUAUCAGUUUAUAUCAUGGUUAUGAGCUGCUACUACAAAUGGGAAUACGGUCACUAUUUAUCUAUCUUUGUGGAAUUAUGGAUGGAUCAAAAGGGUUAAGCCGCACGAAGAAUGAACUUGGUCGUAAUGAGGACUUCAUGAAGCUUUAUCAGCAGCUCAGAGACAUGUUUUCAGACACAUCUUCAGCAAAUGGAAAUAUUUACAAGAAUAAAACAAUGUUUGAAAAUAAAAAAGAAUUUAUCUAUAGCCACCCAAAACUGAAGAAAUUGGAGGAAAUUGUAAUACAACACUUCAAAUCCUGGAAAAAGGGAUGUUCUGACCAAGUGACAACUGGAAGCCCACCUGUGGAUGCUGUGGGUACCAGAGUGAUGAUCUUCUCAUCAUUUCGGGACAGUGUGCAAGAAAUUGCAGAAAUGCUUUUCCGGCUCCAUCCAGUGGUUCGAGUGAUGACAUUUGUUGGCCACUCCACAGGCAAGAGCACAAAAGGCUUCACACAGAAGGAACAACUUGAGGUGGUGAGACACUUUCGGGAAGGGGGGUAUAACACUCUGGUCUCUACCUGUGUUGGGGAAGAAGGCUUAGACAUCGGAGAAGUUGAUCUCAUCAUCUGCUUUGACGCUCAGAAAAGCCCAAUUCGUCUCGUGCAGAGGAUGGGCCGAACGGGGCGCAGGCGGCAAGGCAGGAUUGUGGUCAUCCUUGCCGAGGGGCGGGAGGAACGGACUUACAAUCAAAGCCAGUCUAACAAAAGGAGCAUCGACAAAGCUAUUUCAGGAAACAAAAUGCUUCAUUUCUACCAGCGUAGCCCACGUAUGAUUCCAGAAGGCAUAAAUCCAAAGAUGCAUAAAAUGUUUAUUACUGCUGAAAAAUACGAACCAAGCAAUUUAAGAAUGCUUUCCAAAGAGAGAAGAUCUAGUUCCCUCCAGCAUAAAUCUGCUCUCUUUUCCUGUGUCACUGGCCAAAAGCAAAUGCACUGUCAUGAGAAUUGGUCUCUGUCAUCUGAAGAAUUUGAAAUAUGGGAUAGACUUUACAGGAUUAAGGAAAGUGAUGGAAUAAAGGAACCAAUAUUACCUCAAGUUCAGUUUGAAACCUUAGAAAACCUGGAAGAAAUAUCAAAGCACAAAGAGGAGGCUACGCAUGAACUUUCCUUAUCUGAAUGGAGAAUUUGGCAGAGUCGUCCUUUUCCUACAUCUGUGGUUGAUCACUCAGAUCGUUGUUACCAUUUUAUCAGUGUUAUGGAAAUGAUAGAACUGAUGAGACAUGAACAGGGAGAUUGCCGCUAUGAACUGGAGAUUCAGCCUCACUUACGUAUUGAAGACGUUAAUGUUCAAAGGAAUAAAAGUCAUCCCUUCAUGACCAACUCCACGUUUGAUCAGAAGGCAUGCUCAUCUAGAAAAGAGGUGGCACACAGAUCAAAAGUAAAACCAUUUUUACCUGAUACAGAUGAUAAUGAGAGUGAAUUCUUCACCACAUUUAAAGUAUCAAAACCAAAGACUCCAAAAGGAACUUCCGGAUCUAAUCUGGAAGUGCCUGUGUUGCCUACAGAUACUAAUACUUCCGCUUCUUACUCAGCAGGAAGGCUUACUGUGGUUGAAAAUGCUGACCAGGGCAGUCAAGAGGAUGAGGAGCUAGAGGUGACAUUUGACUUGAAUGGAUUUAUUGACCUAUGUGACAACAGUGACAGUACUGUAAUUGAAGAAAGUGCAGCAAUGAAGGAAAACAAAACUGUAGAUAAAGCUUGUAGGUCACAGGGGACAAACCACACAGAUCUGGGUUAUAGUAGCUUCACAGCUGAGAAAUCACCUGUGUCCGCUGACUUAUUUUAUCUUCCUGAGUCCUAUGUGGAUUCAUUUGCUCUUGUGAGACCACUUGAGGAGCCUUCUUGGUUAAAACAAAUAUUUUCCCAUGUGAAAAGGCUUUUAUCACAAUCUCCUCCCUUUUUGAAUAACGUUCAUGAUUUUGAAAACGUGAUGAGAACUGAAGAAAUAAUACGUCCUUUUCAAGAAGUUAUUUGUGAUAGAUAUUCAGAGAGACUACAGGACAGAGUCUUUCCUGCACCCUCAGAUGCUGAUUGUUCACUGCUGCUCCUUGAAAAUCCUGAAGGGAGGGUCACCAGUGAAUUGCGUGGUUCCUUAAGUACCUGUUUUCCAAAAACUCUGUCAUCUUCUGACACCGCUGUUGUUAAAGCCAAAGAGGAACUUCACUGGGAUGACAGCUUUGAUAGUCUGUUUGAUAAUGAAGAAUUCACUGAAAUUCAAGAGAAUCGGUAUUUUGCUCAAAAAGAUAUUAAGCUUGACAAGAAAAAAGUGGUAGUGGAUGGAGAGAACAGUAUACAUUUAUUUGAAGAUGAACACCUUUACAACACAAAUAAUGGAAGUUUUUCUGCAACCAGUAAGCAUUUAGUCAGGUCAGAUUCAGGUGGGAGUGCUAUUGGGCCAGUUGCAGAGCAGGGCUCUGAGUGGCUUCCUUCCAAGGUGUGCUGCAGGAACACUGAUACAACCUGUGAGGAGCAGCCAGGAAGCAGUAAAACCACAGCCCUGGAAAUACCAGGUGAUGUUAGUGUGAGCGAGCAGUCUCUGGUUAAUGAUGAUCUUUAUGACUGUUCUCAAGAACUGUUUUCUGUUAAUUUUGAUUUGGGAUUUUCCAUUGAAGAGUGUGAGAAUGAAAUCUUUGAAGAAAAUAGAGAUACUAAUAGUACCAGAAAAUCAAAUGGUGCCUUGGGGGGUCAUGCAGAUGUUAAAUCCACUGAAGAUAAAAAAAAGUUACUGAAUUAUAGCUUCAAACUUGAAACAUCACCAGAACGGGAUUGCAAAGGUCUUGGGAGAAGAGAUACUUCCACACCAUUGCCAUUCCAGAGUAGGAGCAUGAAUGGCAGAGAAGGAGCUGGGGGUGCUUCUGCUGCAGUGCCUUUCCUGGAGUCAGGAGGUGGAAGAACAAGAAGUGGGUCACCCAAAGCUUCGGCUCCUGCACUUUCUACCCCAACAAGUAGAAAGAUUAUGAAUAUUAAAGCUAACAGAAGAAUUCCUAUGAAUGUCUUCUCUAGUGCCAGGGAGGAAAUUCCAGAGGGGCCUCUUACAGAUAAAGUAAAUAAAAGCCCAUGCAGGCAGAACUUUGGGAGUUCAGCUGUGGAUGCGCUUCCUUCCUCUUUGAGAAGAACUGAAAACCUGGACCGCAUCAACAUUCCUAGUUCACGUGUGUCUCCUGCUGAAGGACCCAGCAGCGAGAGUGAAGAAGAGAUAGUUUUCCAGAGAAAAAAUAGGAGAAAAAAGAAUGUUUUGAAGUCUCCUGAUGUUAUGAAUGACAGUGACUUUGAAUCACCAAUUCGUGCCAGGAGAAAACGUCGGCACCCACUUAACAUGUCAGACAUGUCCAGUGAUGACAGCAUGGAUUUUCACAAGAACUUGCACAGGACCAUAAGUAACUCCACAGCCUGUAACAAAAACCAGCUGAGAAGUACGAAACGGCCAAAGGUCGAGAGCAGUUUUACAAACAAGGCUGCAGCAAGACAGUUUUUAGAUGAAGAAGCUGAGCUGUCCCAGCAGGAUGCAGAUGGUGUUUCUUCUGAUGAGACUGAUGAUGCAGAGAACGAGCUGAACUCUUCGCUUGUUCAGUUCCUGAAUGAUGAUGUGGAAGUCACGCAAGUGUUAAACGACUUCGAAAUGAAAGGAAUUUACCUGAAAUCUGUGCGUAGUCCAGCUCUUGGCAAUAGAUACAAAAUGGUUCAUCGUGAAUUCAACGCCUUAGAGAUUUUCUCACAGAUUCCUGAGCAAGACCAGGCUUAUGCAGAAGAUAGUUUCUGUGUUGUAGAGGAGGAGGAGGAAACCUGCAAAAAAAGUGUAUCUAGUGAGGAGGAAGUGUCCAUUAAUUUUGAUCUCCUAAACAAUGAGAACUUUACUAAUGGAAGAAAACAAUACCUCACUCGACGCAGAAAAACAAUAAACCAGGCCAAGAUGGAAGAGAACUAUUCAUCCCCAGUGCAAAAGAAGAAACCAUCCCGAAUUAUUGUUCUCAGUGAUUCUAGUGGGGAAGAAACAAGUGUCAGCAAUGAAAAGCCUAUGAAAACAGACUGUGUCAGGGCACAACAGGAAAAUGCUAAGUUACCCAAGUCAUUGCCUUCAGCUUCUUCUGUGCAGCACAAAGAAAUUGCUGAGGAAAGCACUGUUCAUCACUCUGCAGAGGAUAAAAGCAAGAUGCUUCUUGGCUUGAAAGCUUCAGUACCUGACAUGCUGGAUUUUCACCCAGACCAUCAAGUCAGGAGCACAUGCUUUCCACCAGCCAUCACUAGUUCUGCUUUGGGGAAAGAGAAUCUGCAGGCUUCCAGAGAGGUGGAAAGUUCUUUGAAGAACGCCAGUAGAAGCACUUCAGUUCCAUCUUGUUCUGCUUCCAUAACCCCCUCUUCAGCUACAGCUCUGUUUUUACGAGACACUCUGGAGAAAAAGCCCUCACUCUGUGUUCUGGUAGAUAGUCGUGAGAUCUCCUCUGGAGCAGAGGUGAUUUCCUCCUUGAAGGCAGUUCACGCUGUGAAGGUGCAGGUUUGCUCUCUGAGCAGCAGCGAUUACAUUGUGAGCAACCGCAUGGCGGUGGAAAGGAUGUUUCUGUCAGAGUUACUGAACUCUACAAACAGGACUAAAGUCACCCAGAGGAUCCAGCACCUGCAGAGCAUGUUUGAGAGGACGUGUGUGGUUGUGGAAACAGACAGGAUAAAACCAGGAGAAACAUCCCGAUUUUUCCAGAGAACGCAGUACUACGACAGCAUGCUCUCAGCCUUUGUCCAGGCUGGCGUCCGAAUUCUUUUCAGCUCUUGCCAGGAGGAAACUGCCAGUUUGCUGAAAGACUUGGCUUUGGUGGAGCAAAGGAAAAACGCCGCCAUUCGCGUGCCAGUGGAGGUGGAGGGUCACAAACAGGAAAUGCUCAACUUCUACUUGAGUAUUCCCAACCUCAGCUACCCGGCUGCUCUCAAUAUGUGCCAUUACUUUGACUCCGUGAAGAAGAUGGCCAACAGCUCCCCCAUCGACAUCGCCACCGCUGCCCAGGUCAGCCCGCAGAAGGCCGAAGAGAUCUACCGCUACCUCCACUGCGGUUUUGACAUGCAGAUGCUGCCUGAGAACCUCUGUGCUAAGGGGAAAAGCGGUGCAGCUGCCAGGAGCUGAGGGGAAUGAAACUUGGUUUCUGGAGCCCUAGGCCAUUGACUUUUAAUUGCACUUUACUGAGUUCCAAUUCACUGUAAAAUAUGUAAAUAAAUCCUUGCAGAACAAUG